GUGUAGUAUGUGCGCGCGCGCUUGUGUUGGGCGGGGUCGCUGACUCACAGAAGAGGCACUUUUCUCGCCGCUCCUCUGAACUUCAGCCUCAGUCGCAGCUCCUGUCCGACCUCGGUCCGCCCGGCUCUCCUCUUCUCCUGCGCAGGAGCUCAACUCUAACCAAAGAUGUUUCUCUUGAAUAAAGUCAUCAAAGGCGUCGUGAGCAUCGUCGGCGACUUCGACCCGUCUCAGUUCGUGCCUUCAGACCCGCCUCCUCCUCGCAGACCCCCGCACUUCGCCGAGAGCCACGAGAACGAUGAGGAGAAGCAGUUUCGGAGAGUUUUCCAGCAUCUCGCCGGAGAUGACAUGGAGGUGAGCCCCAAUGAGCUGAAGGACAUCUUGAACAAAGUCAUUUCCAGACAUGGAGACCUAAAGACGGACGGCUUCAGCAUCGAGUCCUGCAGGAGCAUGGUGGCUGUCAUGGACAGCGACAGCACCGGAAAACUGGGCUUCCAUGAGUUUAAAUACCUCUGGAACAACAUCAAGAGGUGGCAGGGGAUCUAUCUAUCCUACGACUCCGACCGUUCCGGCGUGAUCGGCUCGGAUGAGCUCCCAGGCGCCUUCAAGGCUGCAGGUUUCCCUCUGAAUGACCAGCUUUACAAGCUCAUUAUCCGUCGCUAUAGCGACGAGAAUGGAAACAUGGACUUUGACAAUUUCAUUGGCUGCCUGGUUCGUCUUGAUGCCAUGUGCAGAGCGUUCAAGACUCUGGACAAAGACAACAGCGGCACCAUCGACCUGAACAUCAAGGAGUGGCUCCAGCUGACCAUGUACUCCUGAAGAGGUUGCUCUGUCUUCUUCUUUCAUCCCACCUCUUUUCCUGAUGUGUAUCCAUGGACCAAACUGGCCACAAAGCUAAUAGAAAGAAGACUUCUGAAGUGGGACCAAACUGGAGAUGAUGCACUGACUCCCUCCUGCUGCCAGGGGGCGCUGCAACCUUUCUGCUGCACAAACGUUUGAAGUCAAUUUCACAAGAAUUAAUAAAGAAACUGGGAUAAACAA